AUGGGCUGUACACCGAAUGUACACACUUCAGCUACAAACCUGCCCGUACCGAAACCAGUUCAAACAUCGGGAGGCCCGGGCUCGAAUCUAACGAGCAAAGUGGCCGCCAAAGUGGACGAAAGUGGCAAAGAAACGUUUGGAUCCACUUCUAGUGCUGGUACAUCUUCGUCGACAAUUGUCAAUCCGUCGAUUCCCAAGCCUGCACCGAGCGCGCCUCAACCACUGGUAGAAGAUGAAGAUGAUACAAGCGUCAAGGUCGAGCCAGGUACAAAGUGUCAACGGAAUGGAUGCAAGCACUUGUUCGUGAGCGACGAGGAGAGUAGGGGUGAUGGCCCGCAGUCUACGUGCAUCUAUCAUCCUAGACAGCCUCUGUUCCACGAAGGCAGCAAAGGGUACCUAUGCUGCAAACGGCGCGUUCUCGAGUUUGACGAGUUUCUGAAAAUUGAGGGCUGCAAGACGGGGAAGCACUUAUUUGUCAAGAAGAAGCCUAUAGACACCGACGGGGUACCGCAAGAAGAGCUAGUUCAAUGCCGAAUAGAUCACUACCAGACUCCUGGUCAGGUCCGCGCGAGCGUCUAUGCGAAAAAGGUCGACAAGGACAAGAGUACAGUCAUCUUUGAGACGGAACAAGUCCACCUUGAUCUCAUCCUACCUGAUUCUAAACGCUUCAAGCGCACAUUGCAACUUUACGGACCUGUCAAACCUGAAGAAUGUUCGUACAGCGUCCUCGGCACCAAGGUUGACCUCGUAUUGGCAAAACAGGACACACGGAGCUGGAAUCUACUCGAAAAGACAGACGCUGAUCUCCAAGGCUUCACACUCACGUUUGGAGUCGGAGGGCGAACAGGGACAGUGGGUGGCAAAGAAGCCGUUUUGGACGACGGGAACAAGAUCAGGACGUGA